AUCCUCCACAAAUAUUUCUCGAAUCCUCAAAGCCGUCACCAAUGGCUGUGGAGGGGAGCACGGCGCCGGCGCUGCCACUGCCACCGCGCGUCUCAGAGUCGUCGCCUCCCACCGUCGGAGCCCUCCUCACCGAAGCCUCCGCGGCUGCCAAUGCUUCCGCCGCCGCCGCCCGCGAGUGCUCCUCGCCGCGCUCUCUGCUCUCGCGCAUCCUCCACAGGGGCCGCGGCGGUGGGUUUGGUUGCCGCCUGCGCCUCCCCCGCUACUUUUCCAGCGGCGCGGCGGCCAAGGAGGAGGCGAGGGAGAUGCCCGCGCCGAAGGUGGUGGGCAGCCAAGCGGAGCCUCGCGAGUCGCCUCGGAGUUCUCUUGGGAAGAAGGCGGCGGGGGUGGAGGAGGCGCUGCCGGCGAGCCUGGGGCUGGGCGCGAGCCUCGUGCUGCUGCUCUCCAAGAGCGCGGCGGAGCUGAGAAGGAUGGCGGAGCUGCGUGCCCAGAUGGAGCGGCUGCUGACGGACUUCAGGGAGGACGUGCGGAGCAGCAACGGCUGCCCCGGCGCGUCCGACAAUCACACCGACAGCGCCAGUGUCGUCAAGGAGCCCGUCGUCUGCGCCACCGACAAGGAGGGCGCCCUGUUCCAGUCUGAUGGUUCGCGCACGGCCGCCUCGGCGAGCCGCGGGGCGAGCGAAGAUGCAGGGAACCGUCCGAUGGACCAGAUGGAAGCCGAGCUCGAGGCGGAACUGUCGCGCUUGCAGCUGACCUCGAACGACGAGGAACGUGCGAGUCCUUGGCGUGAUCACGAACUCGAGAUGGAGGCGAAGAGAGAUGCCACUUCGGGGAGCCACUCAACUAUCUGCUCAGACAACGACGACGUAGUGACAGACCAAGGCUGCGACGAGGGCGAAGACAACGAGGAGGAGGAAGAAGAAGAGGAGGAGGAGGAGUGCGAGGAGGGGAUCGAGAAGAGCCCGUCCCACGGCGGCGUGUCGGCCCGCGAACUGGAGCGAAGGCUGCACGAGCUGCUGCAGUCGCGGCACGAGGCGCGGAUCGCGGAACUUGAGUCGGCGCUGGAGCGCGCGCGGAGGAAGCUGCGAGACGCCGAGCGCGAGGCGUGCCGGUGGCGCGACACCGCCAAGAUCGCCACCCGCUUCACGGACGAGUCGCGGCUCAGGUAGACGAAUAAGCAAAGCACCUACCAGCACCGCGCACGGAUUGCCCGCUACUUUUGCCCCCUCAACUGCACCAACGUCGCUUGUACUUCACAACGCAUUUCGUCAAAAAAAUCACUCUGAUCAUGAACGCAAGCAAAUGAUACGCCUUUCACAUUUUCGUGAUCAACACUGUCUUGCUCAUAUCGGCUCUCAUUAUUACAUGAUAAAUCAGUCUUGCUUCCCAACAGAUCAUCAUCCAUCCGACUCAAUCGCGCCGGGUCCGCCGUAAAACGUAUGCAUACCGUUACCACUGACGCCGAAGUGCCGAACCCGUCGACUGUGUAGCAGCUCAACCUCGUGCUGGCCGGACGUAGCCGUGCUACGAUUUCGAUUGUCUUGGCUUUGUGCC